AUGGCCCGCAGGGUGCGAAUACGGCGGGUUAUCGACGGCGACUCGCUGGAGGUGAAAUACGCGGGGCUGUUCAGCUUCCUGCGGCGGCCGUUUCCGGUGCGCCUCUACGGCAUCGACGCGCCGGAGCUGGCCCAGCCUCGCGGGCAGGAAUCGCGCCAGCGGCUGGCGGCGUUGACGCGGCGCGGCGGAUUCAGCAUGGAGGCGAUGGCGACGGACCGGUACGGGCGGACGGUGGGCCUGCUCUACCGCCGGCGCCGGCGGGGCCAGUCGGUCAACGUGGAGAUGGUCCGCUCCGGCAUGGCAUGGUGGUACCGGCGCUACGGAGGACGCGACCUGGGGUUUCCCGAGGCCGAGGCGGAGGCGAAACGACGGCGGCGCGGCGUCUGGCGGGACGGCAACCGCGCCCGGCGUCCCUGGGACUACCGCGCGGACCUGCGGCGGUCGCGUCAACGCCGGCGUAGGAUGAAGCGGAUCCUCAUCUGGACGGUGGUCGUCGCGGUGGUGGUGGUGGCGAUCGCCAUGGGGUUGGCAGUGAUCAUCAGCCUGUUUUGGUAG